CGUUGCCAGGCAACAUGUAAACUACAUAGAUCUGAGAUAGGAAAAACAAAGAGAACAUGUCACUCCUAUUUUGUUCGCAUAGCCGGAACGAACCAAACAAACUAGACUCUUAUUGGAUGUCGGUGCUUAACCCCGCCUUUAAUUGGACAGUGAUCGGCCAAAAAACCUACUGUUAGUUGUGAGCAGUCUUAGUUUAGUCUUUGUUUCCUCCAGCUAACGGCAAUUUAAAUGACGAUGGCAGAAGAGGUAACAAUUUCUUUCAACCCUCUUCCAAACAAAAACUUCUCUUUCCUGCAGGACAAACACAUCCUGGCGCGGUUAAUGAAAUGGUCCAUGUUGGGGAGGAUUUCAGUCCAGUCUUAUGGUUUUGACCGCUGCUACUUCUCCUGUCACAAAGCCGAAACGUUUGCAAAGUGUUUCUUCAGGGAUCCUGCUGUUGUUUGCACGCUUAGAAAGAUGGAGGCCGGCCUCUCGGUGCCUCUUGACAAGCCAGUGUUGUCCGUGAGUGUGGAGCCAGUGCCGUGCACCGAGGUCACCAUGGGCCUCUUUGAUCCAAUCUACAGCUGCGGCAUCCUGAGGCCCUCUGGACACGUAGUGAAAUGCUUCCAUGAUGUCCACCCUGACUAUGAUGAGCUCAGAAAGAUGUUGCAGGACGACUGCUCCGAGCACUACCACGCUGUCGGGAGAGAGGAGCGAGAGGAGUUCCUGUUUUGCCUCUUCAAGCACCUGUGUCUCGGGGGAGAGCUCUGUCAGUAUGAAGACACCAUCGAUCCUUACAUCAACACCACGAAGCAAAUAUACAAGGAUCUGAUCAGCGUGCAGAAGGGCCCGGCGAUGAAGAGGAUCCAAAUUGUUUCCAAAGUGUUCAAAGUGUGCGCCUUUGACGAGUCUGGACGAUGUUUCCCUGGGACGAGAGAGGAGGAGCAGACGUUUGCUUAUCUGAUCGUCGACCCUUUCAAGCAGCAAGUGACUCUCUUCUGUCACUUCUACGGCGUGGGGAACUUUACACUGUGACAUGAAAGAAGAGCGUGCACCAUGUACCCCUGAUUUGAAUUACAGAGGUGAAAGAACAAUUAUUUUAUCCUGUUUAAGUAUGCCAAUAAAAUGUGACUACAAGCA